AUGUCAUCCGUAGUUAAACUUGAAGCCUUGUCCGGUGUAAAGGAUGAAGGACCGCUGUGUUAUUUGUUACAGAUAGAAGAAACAUAUUUGUUGUUGGAUUGUGGGUGGGAUGACAAAUUCGACAUGGCUUAUAUAGAGUCUAUAAGAUCUCGUGCAUCUCAGAUCUCUGCUGUGCUUAUCACACAUCCCGAUCAGCCACAUUUAGG